UGCACUGAAGUCUCCUGGUUGCUUGCAAUCGCAAAAAGGAAGACAUGACUGAGUUCGACGAUUGCAGCCACAGUGCAUCCAAUAUGUAUCUACCAGGGUGCGCUUAUUACGUUUCACCUUCAGAUUUCUCGACGAAGCCCUCUUUUUUGUCUCAAUCGUCUUCCUGUCAAAUGACUUUUCCUUAUUCUUCUAAUUUACCUCAUGUCCAACCUGUGCGAGAAGUGGCAUUCAGGGAAUACGGAUUAGAGCGCAGCAAAUGGCAGUAUAGGGGCAGUUAUGCUCCUUAUUACUCAGCUGAGGAGGUUAUGCAUCGAGACUUUCUGCAGCCUGCUAACAGGAGGACGGAAAUGUUAUUCAAAACGGAUCCUGUGUGCAGCCACCAUGGACCCUCCGCCGCCGCCUCCAACUUCUACAACACGGUGGGAAGGAACGGCAUUCUCCCGCAAGGAUUUGACCAGUUUUAUGAGACAGCCCAUGGACCUCCAUACCAGCAGCAAGCAGAGAACGAGGGGGAAGCGGCCAAGAGCGACUUGAAACCUCAGAAUAGCACUUGUAGUAAAACACCUUCCAGCCAAGAGAAGAAAGUGACAACAGAAAACAGCGCCGGUUCCCCUUCUGGUGAGGCUGUUGCAGAGAAGAGCAACAGUUCAGUAGUUCCCCAGCGAUCAAGGAAAAAGAGAUGUCCCUACACCAAAUAUCAAAUAAGAGAACUGGAACGUGAGUUUUUCUUCAACGUGUACAUAAACAAAGAAAAAAGACUGCAGUUGUCCAGAAUGCUGAACCUCACUGAUCGACAAGUUAAAAUCUGGUUCCAGAAUCGAAGGAUGAAAGAAAAGAAACUGAACAGAGAUCGACUCCAAUAUUUCACUGGAAACCCCUUGUUUUGAAAGAAAAGAAAAGAAAAUAUCUCUACCUAACCUGCCAUCUGAGUACACCAGAAGAUUGGUUUACAGGACACAUUCACCCUGCGGAACGCAAAGUUUCAUUUUCUUGUUCAACUCUGGUACCUCCAAACAAUCAAUGUCCACUGGAGAUAUCGGGGGUUUGGCGGAACACGUUCCUCAUAAGGGGAAGCUAGAGUAAAUCCAAAAGUCCAUUCUCCAAUGUUUAUCGCCCAAGGUGGUUUUUUUCUCUCUCUCUCUCUUUCAUGAUGGAAACCAAUGGACCGGCGGUGUGUAUGGUAGAUUUUGCUUUUAAAAAAGAGUUUUUUUCCCUGUUGGUUUUGAUCUAGAAUAACCCUUUCCUCCCUUAAAUGAAUGCAGUUUAUUUAAAAGAUGGUAAAUGUACAUGGUGUGUGUGUGUGUGUGUGUGUGUGUGUUUCUAUUGUCAUAUAAACGCAUGGGCCACUGUCUUUUACAUGUGAAUAAAUGGUUUCUAGUAAAGUUAAGGUUAUAUCUUCUGCUCACUUAUGGAUUUUCAUCUCUGAAAGAUCAGAGUGUGUACCCGACUAGAGCCAAAUUCAAUUAAGUAACAAUGGAGGAAGUUAAGUCAAAUUAUUUUCAACAGAAUUUAAAUGUUAGUUUACAUCUCUAACUGAUUCUAUAUAAAACCUUCACUGUUAUUACCCUCAGUUUAAGGCAGCCCAAACAUGGCUGUCUGAAGACCACCACUUUUGAUGGUGCCACAAUUACUAUAAGCUAUGAAAAAGCUUUAUUAACUGUUCAGGCAUCUAACGUUUGAGACAGGAAUUCAAAGCUCAAAUGGAUGUUUACUAGCGAGGGGAGGAUUGUCAGAAUGGGAACCCUGAAUGUUUCAAACAACAGGCAUAUGUAAACAAUUGAAACUAGUUAAAAAAAGUUUAGCGAAAAAAACAGUGAAUAUUUUCACCGUGUUUUUUACCAAGUCGUUCUGAGUUUCCUAUAUUUAAUCACGGGAAUGUAAUCAGUUUCCCCAACUUAGUAUAAAAUAACUGGCCCUUGUCUUUAUUUUGAAAGUAAAAGAAACUGGUGAAGGUCCCCUCUUCACUUCAUGUAGUAUGACCUGGCGAAGCUGUUUACAAAACCUUGAACUGUCUAGACAACACCAUAAAAGCCGAGGUUCUAAACAGCUUAAUUGGGUUAUAUUAUACACCUUCUGGUGGGUGAAAAAGAGAUUUCCGCAAAGUGCAAUAAAGGAAAGGAAUGAGAAAAGAAUUUGGCUUUUUUGAAUAGAAAUAGAAAAAGAAUAGAAAAGUGGGUCUCUUUACACUUGCAUCCAGUAAACGCAAAAGUACGGAAAUAAGUCCGGAAAAGACAAAAAAAACUAAAAAUUCGCUGAAGAAAUCGUAAGGAGGCAUAGCUAAAAAAAUAAAAUUUUAAACUCUUUAGCAAGAAAAACAUAAGUGUAUGCCUUUGAACUUCCAAAAUGUCAAGGUCAUCACCUUUAACCUUUCUGAAUAAUUAGGCGCCUUAAGGUUCCUCUGUUAUUUUCAACCACCACCCACUCUCUCUCUCUUUUUCUCUGUCUCUCGAUCGCCUUCUCUCAUAAGCACAUACAUACACUCACCACACACGCACCCACACACACACUCACACACUAACUACUGCAUAGCUAGCGUUAUUAGCAAAUGCAUCAUAACGCUAAGAAAAUUCCAGCUGUCAUGACAACUUCCCCAUAACGCUAUGUUCGGACAGCUCCCUAAUGGAAUCCGUCAUUUAUGUUCAAAUAUGUUCUAUUUUUCUUAAUACUUAUGUCGUAUCUAAGAAAUAUAGGAAAGGCCAUUCUUUCGAUAACCGCUCCGAGCUAAAAUACUAUAUAGAGAGCAGUGGAAUGUAAAAAAUAACUAGGUAUUUUGGAGGAAAACAAUAUUUCCAGAGAAUUCAUCUUCAAAUAUAUUUUUAACAGGAAACAUUCUGUCGAAUGGAGAAACAUGUAGUAAUAGGAAACUAUUAAAAUAAAUCAUUUAACAUUAUCACAAAAAUCGCACAUCUCUUCUGGGUCUUAAUCCAUAGUGCAAGAAUAAGUUAUUUGAUUUUUCAGAUCCCUAUGGUGUAUUUAAUAAAUUAUCCAAGCAUACAUGGUCAUUUAAAAUGUUAAGGCACCGCAAAGAUGAUCACCAGAAACUAAAUAUACCGAUAUAAUCUUUGCCGAAUGUUUCAACUAUAUUAUAUUUUAAUGUCUGUUUAAAAACAGAAAUUAACUCCGUUGUUGAAUAUACCUAAAAGCAUCAAGGUUGAACGGAAAGCCAAAGAAGAGAAAUAAAUUCCCUUGUGCUUUGCUUCUGAAUUCCACAGGAGGGCGCGCUCAUGUUCUAUAAUGCUUACAAUUGUCCUGAUGUUCAAGUCUAUUUUCCUCUUAAUAGUAAUUGUACUACUAAUAAAAUAUCUAAUAUAUAAGUAACAAUAAGAUUUCAGGGUUUUCGAAAUGAGAAAAUAAAGCAUCAAAAAGAUUUAUUAAACAAAUAACCCACAACCGUGACAUGCUCAAGGAAUAUGCCACUUGAAAAGAAUUUUUUUGGUCGUCGUCUUUUGUAAUACAUCCGAGGUUUAAAAAUCCUAUAAUUUUAAGAGAAAUAUAAUGAUAUUCAGAAUUCGUUCAGCAGAGCGAAAAUCUAUUUACUCUUUUUAGUGCAAUCUUAACACCCAAAGAACAAAAGUUAUAUCAAAAUAUGUGUCUCCUUUCCAAAGCUUAUCUGUAAGAUAUUAUUGCAAGCCUGUUUUUAAAGACGUGUAAACACAGCUAUAACAUAGUUUUAGAGGUGUAUGUAAUUUAAACAAAAGACAGGCGUUGAUUCUGGAUGUGCCUAUUUAGUAUACAGUAAAUGACAAAACGGAAGAGUGCAUAUUUUGAAUAUCGGAACAUCAUCUUCCCAAGGGAUUGUUAAAUAAAAUCUCUCUCCUUAUAAUGCUGUAGAGAGCUAUUAAAAUGUAACUAAAAGAUUUGAAAAUUAAAUAUAACACUGUACAUUUCCUGGAAAAUUUCCAGUGAAUUUACAUGUUUCUCCCCUCCCCCCCAUACGCACUUGUAAAUAAUAACACCAAAGAUCAGUUAGUUUUUAUCUGCUUAUUUCCAAAAUUCACCUAAAACUAGCUAAUGCAUGAUCUACUUGUUCAACUAUAUUCUCUGUUUAACAAGCCCUAUCCCCGUGAAAGAAUUAGUUGACAGUUUGUCUGCUAGGUUUUUUAGAAGUUCAUUGUUAACAGUUUCUUAGAAAUAGCUUUGCCGUCUGUAAUAAAAUGACAUUGUCCCAUCUAAGAUCAUUGGAAUCUUUGAAGAGAAAGGUAACGCUUAUCAACAGAAUCCAGAAUACAUAGCAAAUCCUCUCGCCCCCAAAAUUAAUUCAGUUUCUUAGCUCGAGAAGGAAUAAAUACAGAAAAGUCUUUUUGUUGAUAGGUUGGUUGGUUGGUUGGUUGGUUUUAAAAUUAACGUACUUCUUUUGAGAUCUUGCCUCUUCACUCCACCUCUUGGCUUCUAUAUGUUUUAGCCCUUCACAUUUAUAUUAAGGCCAUUCUCAACGAAUGUAAACUUGUGAUUGAAAUCAUAUAUGCUGUUAAUUAAAUAAUUAGAUGAAGAUUAAAAUGUGGCUUUGUUCUUUUUUGAAUCAUCAUGUAAAUGUGAUGGUUCUGUGGAUGGAUAAGGGAGAGUAUACUUUUUUUUAAAACUGUCAGCGAUUUCCCAAUUUAUUUUGGUUGGUCCUAUCAGAACAACGAAUAGAGUAUUUCUGGUUAAAGAACAAAUAGUUAGGAAUUUAUAUAUAGGUAAAGGUGCAUUUAAAACGAAUAAGAUUGGGCGUAUUUAUUGGCCUAUCUACACGCUAAAAGCUGAUAAGAUCCAAAUCACACACUGAGUUUUAUACUUAUGUGUACAAAGAAAUAUGGAUGCACAAUAGGCUAAGGUUUAAACCAUUUGUGAAUAUCCUCCUAAUAUAGGCAACGCACCUAUGUGUGAUCACACAACACACCAAUAUCACCAUUUGAGGAAAAGCUAAUGUGCAAUCACAAUUGUUUUAUCAACAAUAAUACUGUUGAAAUACAUAAUGGCAUCGGUAUAUUUUUUUAAUGUUCCGACAAUCCAAGCAAGAAGUUGAUUCUUUUGUAGAAAAACGUGACUCACGAAAAGCAGGAUAGUGUUACAAUUACGUUAUUAAAAAAAGAAAGGUCACACUAUUGUAGCCAAUUAAUUUUUUUUUGCGAAAUAAAAAUAUUCUUCAAUCGCAAAGCAAUAUAAUAGCGUGAUAUAAAAUAUAUAGUUUGCAUUUUAGCGUCUUACUACAUUAAAUCCUCAAAUCGAAAGCAAUAUUACUAAAGUCUUUCUGGGUUUCUGUCUAUUUUAAAGUUAGCUAUUUCUCGCAAUAUCUUUUGCACUGAUAAAAACAUCUGCAAAAUAUCUCUCCUUUUUCGUAACCUUUCUCCCAUCCUACGCCAAUAAUCCGAUACCAACAUAGGAAAUUGCAAGUAAGAAUCGUUAGAACAGUUGGAGAAAAAAAUCAAAUAACCUGUAAUAACAUGGGGGAGGGGAAUGAAAAUUAAACUUCACAGCAACGUCUUUUAACCUCGAAUUUCUAUUACUAAUAUUUAUUAAGACUGAAAAGCAUAAUGUCAACCUACAUUUUAUUACAAAUAGUAAUCUAGUAUAUAUGGGCCCUUUUUGGGGGUCCCCCCCUUUGAAAAAAUGGGGCUUUGAAAGCAAACCUUUUAUAUUAAUGUAGAUUGUAUAUCUCGUUUAUUGCACACUAUUGAUUUAUUUAUUAAUGUUAAUUACUUUAUUCCAUCUCAAUAUGCUUUAAAAAAUAGUGACAUUAAAUACCCAGAAUGUAAGUAACCAUUUCCCUAAAGACUACUGCACGUUUAUUCAACUUCUAUGGCAAACAAACUCCAACUUUCCUAAUGUUCAUUUUUCCAAAUAAAAGCUAGGCUGCUUCCUGUACGAUUUUAAAAAGCCAUGAUUUAUUAUGAUCAAAUUGAGCUAUUCGACAUUCCUAAACUUAGUAUUAAAUAAUAAUAAUUUGAACUACAUAUUCUGACAUGUUAAAAUCAUAUUUUCACUUAAAUCAAGGAAACAUAAUGUAUAAUCAGCAGCAGCAGAGUCAGCUCAUUAAAUAAAACAGACGCAGGAACGCAGAGCAUUUAAGGAUUAGGUUAUUGUUUUAACUUUACUAACGGGCGAAAUAUACAGCAAACGUCUGGGAUAAUACUUCAGUAGGAAAAUUUCUGGGGCACUCUUUUCUUAAAGAGUAAAUAAAGAUUACGAAAGACCAUUUGAUGGGCAUAAAAUUCCUGAUUAGAUUUAACAGUCAAGUCUUAAACUGUGUCAAGCAAAAUAGUAUUUUGUUUCUUUAAACUCGGUGGGUUGUCAGGGCUGUUGUUCCAAAAGAGGAAAUUGUUAGAAAGCAGGGGAAAAUCCCAGUCCGCAAACAGUGAACUCUACUGCAGUUUGUUCCUGAGCUCAGGCAAAUCUUAGCAAUGGCUCUGAUAAUGAUCUUAAACAUACACAUAAUCCCAUUUUCUGUCCUAAAUGCGCUGUGGCGAUUAAACAUACACGAAAAGAGCAGGGAGGUAUACAAGACUUAGGGAGUGCAGAAAAAUUUUAAAAGCAGCUCAUAUUAUGAAGGUAAUAUUUAAACUCUCUGGCAACACUGAAGCUUUAGACUGAAGCUGUAAAAGACACUGGCUCUUAACCUGACAAUGAUGUUGUAUUUGAACAGCUGCGAUAAGGUUUUAAAGGGUCUGUCUCAUUGCCACAGCGAGAUUUUAAAUAGGGUUAUUGUUUCCAACAAUGUAAAGUGUACGGAAAAGUGGAAAACAUUCAAAUACCAGGAACUCUUAUAAAAUUCAAAUUCAUGUUGCUGGAAUAUGCCAUUUCAAACUACGCUUUUGUGCAAACGAUACAGUUUAAACGCCCUUUUAUGUGCUGUUUGUUCUUAGAUAUCUGGACUUUUUAAAAACAGUGUUUUGAUUAUGUAAAGGCCCAAAAUAAAUAGCUAGCCGAACCUGAAACGGAAUUUAUCAACAAGUUCACGCUGUCUGUAUGAAAUUCCCUGAAAGCACUAGUCUUAAACGAGAAAUGCUUGAGUUUGAAACUAGGCAAAAAUAUAAUGAAUUGUUUCGCGAUCAAAUCUGGUAUCUCACAAUUUUAAAAGUAAUAGCUCUGGAUGUAAAUAUAGUUACAAAGUGAGGAGGGAAACAACAAAACACAUCUAAAAUGUUGGAAAAUAAAAGUCUAAUUUGCCAUGUAGGCAGUUACUGUU